AUGGGUUCCAUUACAACCACUCAGGGUCCUCCUCAGCUCACGGCUAUUGAGCGUAUUGGCCCAAAAGGAUAUCUUCGAUAUGUCUUUCCCUUCCAGUUGGAAGACAACUAUGAUAUAGCCUAUGUGCCUCGCAUCCUGAGAGCCGGCUAUGAUGCUCUCUGUGCCAGACUAUCCGAAGUUGCCUGCGAAGCUGUCCCUGACAUCGAUUGUAAGCAAGCUGGAGUGAUGAAAUAUGUGAAGCAAAACAAUGGAAUUGAGCAAUUUGUUGCCAAGGAUCUACGCGAUACCUAUCCAUCUACAUACACAGAGUUGAAAGAGCAGCAUUUCCCCGUCUCAUCUUUCGAUGCUGAUACCUUUUGUCACUGCGAUGUCUGGCCCAAGCCCGGACAUAGACUGCCAAUCGCACUUGUCCAAGCCAACUUCAUUCGUGGUGGUCUUAUCCUAAGUUGGAAUAUCCUGCACAUGGCAGGAGAUGACACAUCAUUUUGUGUUUGGACAAAGAUCUGGGCCGAGGGUUGUCGCCAGGCACAAGGGGAUUACGAAGCCCCCCUUGACCUUCCACAAGCUAUCUGGAAGGACCGUGAGCAAUUUAUGAAGCCGUCGGGUCGCAAUAAUGGGAAGAUUGAGGAUCACCCAGAGUACACCCUUCUACCAUUUACGCCUCCUGGCAUGCCGCCUAAGAUAACCUCUCCCAACCACCGUGGACAGUAUUUGGCCCAAUUGAAGGCCAAUGCGUCACCGGUAAAUGCCACACAACCCACAGAUCAGAAGUGGAUUUCCACUAAUGACGCCCUAUCCGCUUUAAUCUGGCGCACUGUGAUGGCUGUGCAACACCCCAUUGAAGAACUGGAAGGCAAUCCAGUCUCGGUGUUCAAUAUUGCCCUUGAUGGUCGCCAGCGGGCUGACCCUCCAAUCCACCCCAACACACUUGGAUGUUUCCUAGAAUGGACAGCGCCUUCAGCAUCUAUACGUGGCAUGCUCACGAAGCUCAGUAUUGCGGAUUUGGCAAUCCUGAUUCGCAGAGCUGUUACCCGUUCCGAUAACCAAUUUACCGACGAUGUGGUUACGUUGGUGGACUCGGUUGAAGAUGUUGAUCGCCUGGUUGCUACAGCUUUCUUGGAUGUGCCGGGCAAUCACUGCGUUCAGAGUUCGUGGCUUGGAUUUGAACUUUACGGCCUUGAGUGGGGCCCUGUUUUGGGUAACAAAAUUGAGGCUGUUCGCAUGCCGCAUGUUGGUGUUAUUAAUGGUGCCCAGGUUGUUCUUCCACAGCUGGCUAAUGGGGGGGAUGGAAGUCCUUGUGGGAGUGGAGUCGAAUUGUCUGGACCGACUACUGAACGAUCCUUUGUUUAA